GAACAGAGGUGGGUGCUGGCUUCAGCAGAAGCUGCCCCAGCAGAGCAAGGUUUGGAAAUGUCAGCAAUCCUCCGAGAGCUGCUCUGUGUCUCUGAGAAAGCUGCCAACAUUGCCCGGGCUUGCAGGCAGCAGGAAGCCCUCUUCCAGCUGCUGAUAGAAGAAAAGAAAGACGGAGACAAGAACAAGAAGUUUGCCGUUGACUUCAAGACUUUGGCUGAUGUGCUGGUCCAGGAAGUUAUAAAACAGAAUAUGGAGAACAAGUUUCCAGGCUUGGGAGAAAAAGUGUUUGGAGAAGAAUCCAAUGAGUUUACUAAUGAUUUAGGGGAAAAGAUUAUCUUGAGAGUGUGUCCAACGGAGGAAGAGAUGGUGGAACUUCUUAGUAAAGUCCUUAAUGGAAACAAGUUGGCAUCAGAAGCAUUAGCCAAGGUUGUUCACCAGGAUGUCAACUUGACUGACCCAACUCUGGAUUCCAUUGAGAUAAACAUUCCACAGGACUUGCUGGGAAUCUGGGUGGAUCCCAUAGAUUCAACUUACCAGUAUAUAAAAGGUUCUGCAGACACUAAAUCCAACCAAGGAAUCUAUCCCAGUGGACUCCAAUGUGUGACCAUUUUAAUUGGUGUGUAUGAUAUACAGACAGGUAUUCCCCUGAUGGGGGUCAUCAACCAACCUUUCCUAUCACAAGACAGAGACACCCACAGGUGGAAAGGACAAUGCUAUUGGGGCCUUUCUUACAUGGGCACCAAUAUCCACUCACUUCAGCACCUCAACUUGAAGAGAAACAUCACCGAAAUGCAGAAUCCAGCAACUGGAAAGAAAAGCUCCGAAGCCCAAGAGCCAGGAACCCACUUUUCAGCUGUCAUUAGUACCAGCGAGAAGGAGCCCAUCAGAGCUGCACUGUCACGUAUAUGUGGGGAGAACAUUUUCCGGGCUGCAGGGGCUGGGUACAAGAGCCUUUGUGUGAUCCAAGGUCUUGUUGAUGUUUACAUCUUUUCUGAAGACACUACCUUCAAGUGGGACUCCUGCGCGGCCCAUGCCAUCCUGCGGGCCAUGGGUGGGGGCAUGGUGGAUCUGAAAGAAUGCUUGCUAAGAAACCAAGAGCCAGACCUCGACCCACCGCAGCUGGUGUAUCACAUGGAAAAUGAGGGUGCUACUGGUGUGGAGAAGUGGGCCAACAAGGGGGGACUGAUUGCAUACAGGUCAAGGAAACAGCUAGAGACAUUCUUGGGCCUCCUCAUCCAGAACCUCACACCUGCAGGCUCAACCAUAUAGAUGAAGCUUGUCUCCAUGUACUUAGACACUGAACUGUGUAUCAUUUUCCA